UCAUCAAACAAUCCAGUCUUUUGGUGUUUCCAGAUUCUAUCUUUCGCUUUCACAGCUUGAGGUUGAUCCUCUCACAUUCUCUUUUUUUUGUUAUCUGUUGAUCAGAACGACUGUCUCUCUUCGUUGCUUUUGCUACGUCUACUCACGAUCAACACCACAAUUCUGAACACAUCCAUUUGCACAACACCAGUUCAAUCCUUCAAAAUGGCUUUCACCAAGAUCGCUCUCACUGCCGCCUUUGCCCUUGCGGCCUCUGCCCUUCCCUCACCCAUGCAGUCGAGCACCACCAGCUCCGCCGCAGCAAGCGCCACCAGCUCCUCCUCCUCCAGUGGCGGCAGCGUCUCCAUCGUGAACAAUCUCAACGCCACCGUCUACCUCUGGUCCACUGCCUCCACCACCGGCUCCAGCAGCAUGCAGUCCCUGAGCUCUGGCGGCGGUAGCUACAGCGAGAGCUGGCAGACCACCUCCGACGGUAGCGGCAUUUCCAUCAAGCUGUCCACCACCCAGGACGAGAGCAGCGUGCUGCAGUUUGAGUACACCGACGACGGCAGCACCCUGUACUGGGACCUGUCCUCGAUCAACUUGGACAAGGACUCGGAGUUCAUCACCGCCGGUUUCUCCGCCACCCCGUCCGAUUCGAGCUGCACCACCGUCUCCUGCUCCGCUGGAGACUCGGAUUGCUCUGCCUCCUACCAGCAGCCCGAUGAUACCGACACCAACAGCUGUUCUUCUUCGUCGACCAUCACUCUCACUUUGGGUUGAACCCAGAACUUCUCAGACGGGGCCCCUGGAAUAGCGCCUUCGGUGCGCUUUGGGCCCCUGGUUCACGGGCUAGGUCCAGCCUCUGUAUAUGAGAUUGGCCCGCCGGGCAGGCCUUGCUGCACAUCACGUCCUUUUUAUCUUAUGAAUAGACUAUAGACUCCGAUGCGACGAAAUAUAUGAAAGAC